AGACCGUCGCAGUCAGAGUUGAAAGGUCAUCAGCGUCACGACGAGCCAGCAGGUGAAGCAGCUUGUCCUAUUUAUCACAAACAUGUCAAGCACAGAAGAAGACACGGAGAUGCCUGUUCCAUGUGUGCUCAUCACGAGCUGUGACGGAGGUUUCAAAGAAGAAGAGCUGAUAAAACAGAUCCUCAGUUCGAAGACUUUGCCCGAGCCCAUCAAACGAGAAGAAGCAGUAGCCUGGUAUCCAUGGACCAUCAACAACAAAUAUUACACAGCGGACGUCAGGCUAUGCGUUGUGCCAAGCACUUUUCAGAUGUCAUCGGAGAUUGCUCAGUCCAUGCAGGCUUUCAUCGCUUAUUUUGACAGCACGGUGAAGGAUGGUCUGGAAAAGCUACUUCCUUGGAUAUCAGUGGUGGAAGAUCUCGCUCCAGAGGUGCUCAUUCUGGUGUGUGAAAGAGUCUCUGAAAAUGGGGUCACCAGACAUGAAGCACAACAGUGGUGUUUGGCUCAUGCCUUUGAGCUGGUGGAGCUCAGUCCACAGGAGUUGCCAGAUGAGGAUGAUGACUUUCCAGAAUCCACAGGAGUAAAGAGAAUUGUUCAGGCUCUCAAUGCCAACGUGUGGUCCAGUAUGGAAAUGAAGGAUGGGCACAAUCAGGGCUUUGGUCUGAUGAGCAGUUUGGUUGCCGCCAGACACAACAACCCUCACAGCUGUCCAGAUCCACAGUCUUCCAGCUUGCCAGAAGAGGGCUCACGUGUUAGCGAGGAGGAUAACCAUACAGAAAGUAGUGCACCAACAAACACACAGGGAGACACAGUUGUUGAUGCAAUGACUGAUUUGGACAUUCAGGAACUCGCUAAUCUCACUGCUGGAGAUGCAGACGUGGAUAACUUUGAACGUCUCUUUACCAAAUUAAAAGAGAUGAAAGAUUUUCAAGACAAAGCUUCUUCAUUACCUCAUGAGCAAAGAAAGGUUCAUGCAGAGAAGGUAGCAAAAGCGUUUUGGACAGCCAUUGGUGGUGACGAUGAUGAGAUAGACGGGUUAUCAUCGGGAGAGGACAGCUAAAGGCACAUACCUGUGGCUCAGUCGCGUUUCUCCUGGUCCUUCUCCUUUCCUGGGGCUCCCACAAGAUCCAGCGCCCUUGGACUUGAUUCUUUCACCUUGAAAGUGGAGAUGCUUACAGAUGGUACUGUAGGCAUAGUCGUAUAUCUAGAAACUUUUGAUUAUUUUAAUGAAAUGAUUGCAAUACUGGUGUAUAGUGAGAAGCAGUUGAGUAUUUUGAUAAGGGAGAUAAGUGAUCCCCUGGGUCCCCCACUCUGCUAUGAGCCCUGAGUGAACCACAACACAUGAAGGUGUUGCAGGUGGAAAAAAUAAUUAAACAAAAAAUGAUGUGGGCUUUAAUUUCAGUUUAUGUCCCUAAGGUACAAUUGUCACAUAUAUUUGCAAGUGACAUAAUGUGCCUUAUCCUUCUAAGAGUUGUAAGACGUUUAAUGCACAUUCUGUUGAAUCAACAUAAAGACUUGUGAUUUUAAUUUUUUAUGCUCCUUUGUGUGAGUGGUGCAAUCGGUGUGAAGAAAAGACUGUUGCACUACAUGGCUACAUACAGGUCAUCUAGUGCUUAUUAAAAUAAAAGUAUGCAGACCAGAAAAAUAGAAAACACCUGUGUGAUGCAACGGAGAAUUUCUGCAAUAAAUAAAAUUAUCAGUCGCGGUGCUGUAUUGGACAACAUACUGAAGUGUUAUAUUUU